AUGUCUUUUCUAACUGUGGAGGAUCCUUUCAUUCUUUCUCAUACACCUCAGGCCCGCUUUACUUAUAUUUGUCAAGAUUUAGAUGGAUUGCUUUUGGAUCCAAGGGGAAUCCGUUCACUUGAUCUUGGCUGUACAGUAUUUGAAAUGUAUCUAUGUCAUGAAUGUCUUCUUUACAUGCAGCGUAGUACCAUGCCCCGUUUGGCAUUGAAUAAUCAUUUGUAUCGUGGUGAGUUACCUGAAAAUCUACAAAAUGUCUCUUGGGUGGAAGAGAUGGCUUGUAGUAUUUACCGCACUUCUGCUCAUGUCACACGUAUAUUUGGUUCAUCCAGUGAAUGUGAUCCAUUUCAAUUGCAUGGAAACACUUGUGCUCAUCCACUCAACAUAUGUUAUACUGCAAAGAGGUUGCCAUGGAGUCCAGCUGAUCUUAAUGAUUUGAUUAGUAUCAUUUUUGUUGGACCAAGAAAGCUUACAAAUGAAGACUUGCAAAAGCUAACACCUUUUUUUGUUCGGAGAACUGUUAUUCAAAUGUUGUUGUUAUAUUUGCAACAGCAUAACCGUUUGUAUAUUGAAUUACCUCCUAUUGAUGAAGAAAUUCUAGCAAUGUAUCCAGAUAAUGAUUUAUUACCUGGAUUGCAGGAUCGU